AUGGACCCCGAAACAUCUCUCCAAAAUGCGCUCUUUGAUGGAUACAAUCGCUUUCGUAAGCCUGUCUUAAACAGAACUCACUAUGUUCCAUUUGGUGUGUCCAUUUCGCUUCAUAGUAUAGAACAUGUUAACGAGAAGUCACAAACGUUUUCAUCAAUUGUCUGGUUGGCUUAUAAUUGGAGAGAUGAAUAUCUCCGCUGGAAUAUCUCAGAAUAUGAUGUCAAAGGUCUAAGGAUUCCUGCCCAAAAAGUCUGGAUUCCAGCCGUUUGUAAUUUGAAUGAACUAGAAAUUGACAAGAAAUGUAUCAGUUUUAAUUCCGUAAAAAACAAUGAAGUUUUUAUUUUACCUUAUGGGGCAGUAAUUUUAUACGAUACGGUGAAGAGCACGAUUCAAUGUGAAAUUAAUAUGGAGAAAUAUCCGUUUGACGAACAGAAAUGCACUUAUGCAUUCCAGUCUUUAUUAUCAAAUAUUCAUGAAAUAAAAAUUGAUGACAAAAUAUGUUCAAUUGACUUAUCAACCCUAACAGCUAAUGGAGAGUGGAACCUAAUUUCUAUAGAAAAGGAAAUUAAAAAAAUAAUGUACGGAAGAGGAAAUGAUUCCAUAGAUAUUAGACUCGAUUUUGUCGUGAAGAUACAACGACGUCCAACCAUGGCCAUUUUAACAUUUGUGAUACCGAUAGUGGUGCUUUCAACCAUGAACAUAUUCUGCUUUGUUUUGCCAAUAGAAGCCGGGGAGAAAAUUGGCAUGUCUAUGGCUUUAUUUCUAACCUUUGCUGUGUUUGCCAGCAUUCUAAGCGACACAAUGCCUUCAUCCUCAGAGAACAUCUCGUGGUUCAGCAUUUAUGUUACUACACAGGUUAUUCUGAGUGCUAUGGUUGUGAUUCUGGAAACCAUUGUUCUUCGUAUCUAUCAUGGAGAUCCCGAUCCCGAGAAAAAAGAAAAUGUACAACAACUUCAUUGUAAGACUGUCUACAAGGUGAUGGAAAGCCAUAAAACAUUAACUAGUCCAGGAGGACGUCUGAAACCUACCACUUCCUGCAGUAAAGACACAGCUAUGAGAGUAGAAAAAGUCUUCAUGGCGUGCAUCAUUUGCGUAAAUAUUGCUUCAGUUUAUGUUUUAAGUAUAGACAUUCUUUAG